AUGGCUAAUGCUCCCCUCAAGCUGAAUGAUGGGAAUACCAUCCCUUGGCUCGGUUUUGGCACCGGCACUGCCCUUUAUGAGAAGGACUCGGCCAACAUCGUCUCAGCUGCGAUCAAGGCUGGCUUCACUCAUCUCGAUGGCGCUCAAGUUUACGCUAACGAAGACUCCUUGGGAGCGGGCAUCGUCGCUUCAGGGAAACCACGAUCAGAGCUCUUCGUCACCACGAAACUCUAUCAGCUCGAGACCGGGACUGUGCGCGAGUCCCUGUUGGGAUCGCUAAAGAAGUUAAAGCUGGACUACGUUGACUUGUUCUUAAUCCACUCGCCGGCCUUCUUCAAGGCUCCUGGUCAGCUGAAGAACAUAUGGAAGCAGUUCGAGGAAAUCAAGAAGGAGGGGCUUGCAAAGAGCAUCGGUGUCUCCAACUUCCGCGUUGUAGACCUUGAAGCAAUUUUAGAUGGCGCGACGGUCCCUCCUGCUGUCAAUCAGGCAAGCCAUUACAUCGAAUAUCACCCAUAUCUUUUUAAGGCCUCAGAGCCACUUCUUGAGUUCCAGAAAAAGUAUGGAAUAAUUACGCAGUCAUAUGCUGGCCAGUCGCCCAUUUUCCGGUCCAAAGGGGGACCGGUGGAUCCUGUUUUGACUACUAUUGCGGAGCGCUUGUCGAAGACGGUUGGAAGACCUGUGCAGGACGCCCACGUACUGCUCCUUUGGCAAAGGUACAAGGGCAUCGUGUUUGUGACGACUACAACGAAGGAGACGAGAUUGGCGGAGUACAUCAGCACUGCGGACCUACCAGAUCUUACCGCUGAAGAAGUGGCAAACAUUGACGCGGCUGGAUCUACUUACCAUAAGAGACAUUUCACUUCUUUCUGGCCGGAGAACGAGUAGCACCAGGGUGAAAGACAGAGUAGUGAUCGAUUGUAUUGAAGAAUCCAAUAGUGCGAAUGGGUUUGUAUGUUAGGUGCUGAAUAGUAUCUAUGCAUCGUGUAGGGGU